CGGUGUUGUAAAGACGUUUGUCGUAAACGGGUUUGUUCACUUUGAAUGUAACCAUUAGCGUGACGAUGCUAAGCUAGCUGUCAGCCAGGUAUCCAGGGGUUUUGCUGCUGAGUUAGCCACCGGAUGCUCCCAGUCGUACCUUCUUGACAUUCCCUCAACAUUCCUGGACGAAUUCGUGUCGACUGCCCAGAGUCCGCGAAUUCAAGUCCACUCCUGAUUUAACCUAGUUCCUUUACCCCUUAGCUUAUGUGACUUAGCUCACUGGCUAUCGAGACUGCACACUCAGGCAGAACCGGACCGACGAGAGUUGCACUUAAGGACCACACCCAGACAAGAUGUCACUUCAUCAGUUUCUGUUGGAACCCAUCACCUGCCACGCGUGGAAUCGCGACAGGACACAAAUUGCUAUCAGUCCAAAUAACCAUGAAGUUCAUAUCUACAAGAAAAGUGGCAACCAGUGGUUGAAGACCCAUGAACUGAAGGAACACAAUGGACACAUUACAGGUAUUGAUUGGGCUCCCAAAAGUGACCGUAUAGUGACGUGUGGAGCAGACCGAAAUGCCUACGUGUGGUCUCAGAAGGAAGGAGUUUGGAAACCCACGCUGGUCAUCCUCAGGAUCAACCGGGCGGCCACCUUCGUCAAGUGGUCUCCGCUGGAGAACAAGUUUGCAGUCGGCAGUGGAGCUCGACUCAUCUCUGUCUGCUACUUUGAGUCUGAGAAUGACUGGUGGGUGAGCAAACACAUAAAGAAGCCAAUUCGCUCCACCAUCCUCAGUCUAGAUUGGCAUCCCAACAAUAUCCUCCUGGCUGCUGGCUCAUGUGACUUCAAAUGCAGGGUCUUCUCAGCCUACAUUAAGGAGGUAGAAGAAAAGCCGGGCCCCACACCCUGGGGCAGCAAAAUGCCAUUUGGGGCCGUGCUAGCAGAGUUUGGAGGAGCAGGUGGAGGAGGAUGGGUCCACUCUGUCUCUUUCUCUGCCUCUGGGAACCGUCUGGCCUGGGUCAGCCAUGACAGCACUGUCACUGUGGUAGACAGCUCUAAGACUGCCAGUCCCUCACAGCAGAAGACAGAGUUCCUGCCUCUACUCAGCGUCAUUUUUGUUUCCGAGAACUGUCUAGUAGCUGCGGGGCACGACUGUUGCCCCAUGCUCUUCCGCUGUGAUGACAGCGGAGCGCUGGCGUUUGUGUCGAAGCUUGACCUCCCCAAGCAGAGCAUCCAGAGGAACAUGUCUGCCAUGGAACGUUUCAGGAACAUGGACAAGAGGGCCACCACCGAGGACCGCAACACUACUCUGGACACACUGCACCAGAAUAGCAUCACCCAAGUGUCUAUCUAUGAGGGAGACAAAAGGGACUGUCGCAAGUUCUGCACCACGGGCAUUGAUGGAGCAAUGACAAUUUGGGACUUCAAGAGCCUAGAAGCUUCUAUCCAGGGUCUCCGCAUCAUGUGAAGAAAUGUUUUGAAUGAAUGAAGUCGCUGCAGCUUCACCCCUAUUGUCCCCUCUCCCCCAGUCAUCAACCUUCUUCCCUGUCCCUUUCCCCCUCCCCCACCCGUGUGGCGCAGCCAGCAAAGUACAUAACUGACCACCCUAUUGAGUGUUUGCUGAAGCACUGAUCAGACCAUUAAACACUCUUGUUGGGCGUGUCCUUCACAUACUCACAAACACACACGCACUACACACACUGAGCUGUGGUGUGAGAUCACUGAUAUUUUUUUUCUUUUUCUUUGCUUUUAAAUAAAGGUUAACCAGGUGUAAAAGUGGGAAGGUACUCUGACACGUACUAAACGUGAUGUGAAAUGUGUGUUUUUAUGUUCUCUAACCUCCAGUACCAAAAGAUGAACGCUAAAAGGUAUGUUUUAUCCAAAACACCCAGACUGUAUUUUAUCUCACUCCAAUCUGAACAUGAUCUCCUGUACAGGUGUUUGUCCUCACUGAACAGCAGGUGAAACAAUUUAGACUUCAGACCAGGGGUUAUUAAAAUGCUGAGCAAAUGUUGAUGGUUGUCUGAUCAAAACCUGUACAAGAUCUGAUGUUGGAGGAUUGAGGGGAGCAGCUGUUGAAACUGCAGUGUCAGGCCUGGCCAGCACUACGCUCUGAACUACCACACUAAAACCGUCAAUGGAGGAUUUCUAUGUAACUCAUGAGGUUGACAUGAAAUAAAGAUGAAGUACAUUUACACUACACAA